AUGGGAAUCGCAAUGGAAUCCCAAACCAGGUUACAUCCAGACUCUGGUCGCAUCACCUUGCUCGCCAGUUGUGAAAAUGCGGAAGACCCAAUGAGGAAAGAAUCAAGACUCUUUGUUGUCAUGUAUCUUUUAAAAGUAUGUGAUUCAACAAUUUCUGCUUUUCAAGAAUUAAAUCCCUGCCCGUUAAAGGUGCACUGUGGUAAUGCAAAUGUUAAAAUGGUUCUGUUAAUGCUGCGGUCAGCUGACAUUGAUAUUUUAGAUGUUUCCUCUCCAAACUAUGUCUGGCUAAUUCUAUUCAUUUCAAUGUUAUUAUUGUCGUUCCAGUUGAGCGUCGCGUUGGGUCUGGCAGCUGCCUCUCUGGCCGCUCCGUCACAGCCUCCCUACGGAUACUCUCCUCCUCCCUCUUAUCAGUCUCCAGCUCAGUACAACUUCGAUUGGGUCGUGAAGGACGACUACUCCGCCAACGACUACGGCCACCAGGAGUCCCGCGAUGGCUACAACACACAGGGAUCCUACUACGUGCAGCUUCCCGACGGUCGCCUGCAGAAGGUCACCUACUACGUGGACGGCGACUCAGGCUACGUAGCCGAGGUCACCUACGAGGGACAGGCUCAGUACCAAGCCCACCAACCUUCCUACCAUCCUACACCUGCAUACCAGCCUACCCCUUCAUACCACACCACCCCUUCAUACCAUCCCACACCUUCGUACAGACCUACCCCUUCUUACAGGCCAAGACCUCAUCAGUGAAAAGCUAUUAAAAAAAAUAACAUAUAAAGCAUAUUCAUAUUUACUAUUUUUGUAACUGUCUAUCAUAAAAUAGAUAUAUAUUGA